CCCGCUUGUCAUCAGCUCUAUCAAAUUUGCGGUCAACAUCCUGCUCGACAUGCUGCUCAUCUCGACCUUCCAUGUCCCAUCCGUGACACCAAGUGUCAAUCUUCAGGCUGGAAUCCAGCUGGCGUGCAAUCUGUCCUCUGCAUUCUCUGGACUAGGAUACUUCCUGUUGUUCCAUACAAAACCGGCGAUGAGGAGACUCAGCACAGAGCAUGACCUCUCGGAUAUGAAUGUUGCUGGGCCACUUCCAAGCACCAACCCAAGUGACAGAAACAGCAAUAGGAGCGUGGUACCCACCUGGACUGCGCUCCUCGUCCUCGCUCGCGCUGGUAUAUUGACGUUCCUCGAGUCACUGAUCCGCAACGUCCUGUACCUCUGGCUGGUCACUACUAUCGUGGCUCUGGGCAGCACAUAUGCCACGGCGUGGGGCAUCUUCAACACCAUCCGCUGGGGUCUCGUCAUGGUCCCCGUGCAGGCUCUCGAGGCGACGUCGCUCACCUUCAUCGGCCACCGCUGGGGCAACUGGCGACAAAGCAUUAGCAGCAACAUGUCCACAUCAUCCGCCUCCACAAGGACAUCAGCCAGACCCGCAGACAUCUUCCGCAUCACCAAGCCCGCUCUCAUCUCCGUGGGCUGCGCACUCACAGUCGAGGUGCCCCUGUGCAUCUUCCUCUCCAUCUUCGGCGCCCGCCCUUUUGCCAUGUAUCUCAGCGGCGGCGCGGCGCCCGUCGCCGACGUCACGGCGCAGAUGUGGCGCACGAUUGACUGGUGCUACAUCUUCUACGCGGUGUCGACGCAGCUCGCGACGGUCCUGCUCGCGACGAGACCCAAGUGGUAUCUCUGGCAGAGCCUGGCGAGCAACCUACUGUACGUGCUGCCGUGGGCGAUCGCGUGCCAGGUAGUGGAUCUCGUCGAGGCCGAUGCGUGGAAGUAUCACUCCCUGGUGUUUGGGGGCAGUCUGGUGUUCAGCUUUGUGGAUAUCCUGGUGGUGGAUGGUCUGUGGGCUUGGACUCUGUGGAAGGGGCGGGCCAGGUUGGAGAAAUUUCACCAGUCUCUGCGUAGCGUGGCGGAGGUUUGGGGUGGUCACAGGUCCAUUUGCCUUCCCUGAGCGCUGGGGUGAUGAUGGCUUCUUUUAAAGAGCUAUUUCGAAAAUAGAACUGACAUAAGAAGGCAGAAGUGUGGCCUCGAUCCUGAAAGACCACCAACUUCGCGGCAGAGCCUCGUGAUCUUAGCAGCGAUACGGAAGAAAGAGCUCUGGUAUAUCCCAGCAUAGAAGCGCGAACCUUUAACCGCUACCCUGCUCCGCUGAUUUCGUAUUGCCAACCAUGUAGGGGACAGCCGGCAGUACUGUACAGUAUCUGUCUAUGAAGUUGAAACUUUCUUGGAGAAUGUUGGUU